AAUUUUCCAAGCAAGGAAUUAUAACUUUUUGAUAAAAGAAAAUGUUAAAAAAACAUCUAAAAAAUUUUUUUAUAGUACUUCUAUUAAAUAUCAAUCCUAUAACGACACACGAAGCGAAAGAUUUCGAUGAUACUAUUUUGUAUAAAAUAGAUUUUGAAAUGCCUGAUUUCGGAAAGAACACUGAACUUAAAAAUUAUGUGCGGACCUUUUAUACUCACGAGAAGGAAAAAUACGAUUGUAUGAUUCCCAUUAUGGAGGAAUCUAGGAAAGAAGACAAAUCUAUUGAACUAGAAUUAUCCCCUUUAACAUUGCUAAAGCCCAUUCUUUACACCUACUCUUAUCGUAUUGAAGCGUACUGGUCUUACGAAAUUUGCCACGGGCACUAUGUAAGGCAAUACCAUGAAGAACGCGAUGGUAAAAAUGUUAAAUUCCAAGAAUAUUAUCUGGGUAAAUGGAAUUCCGAUGAGACAGAAAAAUUGCAAAAGGAAUGGGAGGAAAACCGUAAAGCAAAUAUUAAAUAUAAAACGACUAAAAUUGAUAACGUAAAAUAUCCCUACUUUGAAAUGGUUUUAACCGACGGCACCAUGUGUGAUAUCAUCGAUGCACCUCGUACAACAACUGUACGCUAUGUCUGUUAUCCUCAUGGAAAAAACGACAUAUAUUCUUUCAAAGAGACUUCUUCUUGUAACUAUGAGGCAAUUAUAUUAACACCGGUCUUAUGCGUGUUGCCUGCAUUCCAUCCCGAGGAAUCCAAAGAAAUAUCGAUUAAAUGUUUCAAUUCACCUACCGAGCCUCAUAAGCCUCUAAGUAUGUUGCGGCAGGAGUUGAAUGAAUUGCAAUUGUCCGAAGACGAUCUACCGGUGCCCAAAGAAGUUAGCGCGGCCGUUGUGGGUUUGACUCAUACCGCUGCUCUUGGAGACCGUAAUUUUUUUUUUAGUAAAUAUGGUACAGAUGUUGAUAAAUUGGUUUUUAAAAUUAUGGCUGCUUCGGAUACAGAUGCGGAUACUCACGAUACCAGUAGUGAAGUUUCAAGCGCAACACCGAAACCAAGCACACCGCCAACAACACCGGCAAUAUCACAAUUUCUAGAGAUGUCGUCAAUACUGACCACUAUAAGUGGCAAAAGCUGCCUAACUGGGGGAGCUGGCUGGUGGAAGUAUGAAUUUUGUUAUGGACGUCACGUGCGUCAAUUUCACAAGGAUAAAAAAUCUGAAACAGAACUCUUUUUGGGUCAUUUUAAUGCAGCGUCUCAUCGACAAUGGCUAAAAGCUAAUCCUGACAAACGUCACCAGGAGCAAUCAACUUCAUUUUGGCAACACUACGAAAAGGGAUCUUUUUGUGAUCACACUGGCCUUCCUCGAGAAAUCAAUGUUAAAUUUAUUUGCAGUAGCUCUAUAGGCUCACUGCCAGUUUCUAUGUACUUACUAGAACCAAAGACAUGUCAAUACAUUUUGGUAUUUGAAUCACCUAUGGUUUGUGUUCUAAUGAAUUAUAUCGAUGAGUAUGGACUAAUCGAUGAAUAUAGUUUGGAGAAAAUGAAGCAAGCAGGAAUUUCCGCUACCAGUCCAAAAGCUACUGAUGAGGCGACAGAUGCAAAAGUUAGUAAAGAUCGUGAAGAAACUACUUCUGACGCAAUAUCGUUGACAUCGACAGAUGAUAUAAGACUUUAAGCAAUUGCCCUUUAUUUCCAUUUUUUUUUUGGGUUAAAAAGAAAUUUAAAAUCAUUGUAUUCAGUAAUAAAUUAAUAUAGUAAA